AUGAGUGCAGCCCUGCAGGUGACAGCAUUCGGGCUCGCUCUUCUCUCAACGCUCUUCCUACUCCUGGCCACGUGCACGGACUGCUGGAUGGUCAAUGCUGAUGACAGCUUGGAGGUAAGUCACAAAUGCCGGGGCCUUUGGAGGGAGUGUGUCACCAACAUGCAAGAUGGGGUCAGGACCUGCGACCAAUAUGACUCAAUUCUGGCUGACCACCCAGUGAAGAUUGUGGUGACACGGACCCUGAUGAUCACGGCAGAUCUCCUGGCUUGUCUGGCUUUGGCUGCUCUGGUCCUUGGGCUUGACUGCAUCACGUUCCUCAAGGAAGAUCCUUGUAUCAAACUGAAGAUGUGCUAUGGAGCUGGAGUCAUACUCUGCGCUGGGAGCAUCCUGGGGCUCAUAGGCUCCGUGUGGUAUGCAGUGGACGUCUACAUGGAGAGGGCCAUGCUGGUGUCACACAAUAUAUUCCUGGGAGUCUACUAUGACUUUGGGUGGUCGUGCUGGCUGGGGAUGGCUGGCUCCAUGGGCUGCUUUGUGGCAUCUGUCCUGCUGACCUGCUGCCUCUGUGCCUGCACAGCAGUAGCUCCCAGCAGCCGCUGUCAAGUCCAGAGGCAUCCCCAGCCCCAGGGCACCCAGCCAGCCACCAGCAAGAUGUAUGCCAUGGAUUCUCGUGUGUGA